GGUAUGUACCUAUUCAUACUAGACCGUACAUACGGUACGUACGAUAUGAUAUGAAAAGUUUGCUACAGUAUUCUUGACUUAAUCGGAGUAGUCUUGGGUACAGUAGCUUACGGUAAUGGUACGAAACCGGAUACCGACAGUUUUGCAGGUGGAACCAAAUUUUCGGGAAAAAAUGGAAAUCGACUCAGUUCCAGAUAAAUGCGUUUUUGCCGUCGCGGUGCCGUCUCGCCAAUCAAGUCUGUACCGUUGCAUGUUAUUGUUACUGUAUCCAGUCGCAUCGAUCCAUUCCGAGAAGAUCCAUCCACCCCUUCCAUUUCCUUCCAUUCCCCUCCCCCCCCGACAAAAAAUGACGAGAGAGGAACAAACCAUCGCCGGCGGCUCCGGUGCGAACGGCCCCCCGCCGGAAAAAUGCUGCAUCUCCUGGACGGGCGGCAAGGACUGCAACCUCGCCCUCCUCGAGUGCUGGAGGGACCCGUCCCUCAACGUCACGGACCUGGUGGUCUUCCGCCCCGAAAGCCGGGCCGACUUCGAGGCCCACCCGAUGGAGCUCAUGAAAGCCCAGGCGGACUCCCUCGGCCUGGCCCUUCGCGUCAUGGUCCUGUCGGCCUCGCAGUCCUACCGCGAUGCCUACGUCGACGCCAUCCGAAGGCUCCGGGACGACCUCGGAAUACGGGUGAUUGCCACGGGCGACAUGGACCUGGUGGAAAUCGAAAAUUCCAGCGACAACUACAUCAAGGAAUGCUGCGAGAUGCUGCCCGGUGGGGGGAUCCGCGCCUACCUGCCCCUCUGGAAGGCCGAGCGGGAAGAUUGCCUCCGGACGCUGCUGGUGGACAACGGCUGCAAGGUCGUCUUUUCCUGCGUCAAGAGCCCCUGGUUCGAUGCCUCCUGGUGCGGGAGGACGCUGGACGAGACCGCCGUCCGCGAGAUGGAGGCCAUCCGCAGGGGCGAGGUCGACAGGGUGUCGUUCACGGAGGCCGAAAGGAGCGGGUGGGGCACCAAGGACCCGCGGAGGAUUCCCCUGGAUCUGGGAGGKGAGAACGGGGAGUACCACUCCAUGGUCCUGGACGGGCCCCUGUACCGAUACGGGAUCGAACUCCGGGCCGCGCCCGGGGGYGACGCGGGCGGCAUCGAUUCCCGUCCCACGGCAUCCGUCCCGCUGCGGUCGGUGGUCAGCGGGCCGGCGAAGAACGGAGAGGACCGGUGGUGGACCUACACCGGCCAGACGCGCUGGUCCCUGGUUGGUUUCGAGGUUGGCGGGGUGCCCGAGAACGGUUCGCCGGAGGCGCGGGAGCGAUAGAACGGGAAAGGAGGCACCGGGUGGCGGGCUAGCUACCACGAGAAGCACGAGUCGUCGCUACAGAAUGCCGCCUCGGGGGCUGUUCGAGAGCUUGGGAACGAACGGUCCGUGUUGGUUCGUCGCACCCGUCUUCGUUCGGCCGAUGCGCACGGGUGUCUCCCGGAAACAGAGGUGCCGUAGCAUUGGUUUUGAUAGAUACACGGCCCCGCCCCGCGGGGGAGAAUCUUUUCGGCGGACGGGGCUUGGUACGGGUUGGAGCAGGAUCCAUCACUCGGAUCGUCACCAAGCCACAGAAGCGAAAGAGCCAGGUGCAACAGAACGAAGACCCGUCCCGUGUCCUCAGGUCGUCGAAUCGGUUCUUGCGCGGUAUCGAUGGUCCCCUAACUCACCGCAGAGAAUUUUCUAUGGGAAAAAGACAACGAGGAAAGUUUUGUCCGCAAUGAAUUUAUGGGUGUACCCAAACGAUCUUGCCGGUGUGACGUCGUCGAUCCGAGCAAAAAAACCAUCGGAUCAACUACUUUCUGUCCUUUGUGUGUCCUUUCGGUUCGUUUGAUAGUAGUUGGCGUGAACGUUCAUACGAAAUCUAGAUCAUAGGGCACGGCACCAAAGACACAAUGCAUCGAUUCAUUCCUCGCAUUACUCCCAUUCACAGAGGAAGAAUCAAUCACAUACAAAGGUCGAACAAACAAGUGAAUAGAAUGUGUGAAGACCAUGACAGUCUGUUUUGGGUUAUUUAUUAGUCAUUACUGCGAGUGUCGCAUCAAUGGAAACGGUUUCAUUUGCAUUUAGCGUACAAAUAUCUUUUGCUUUCAUUCGUAGUGGAAUCCGUAGGGGGUACCGAUCUUGUUUGCAGCCUGCUCUAGUGCUAGAAUUGACCCAAAAGCAGUGCACGAAGAAAUUCGAUCCAAGGCGAAAAGCCUGCAUGCCGUCGGCCAUGCGCGAUACAACCAAUCCGUGCCUAUCAUCGCCGUAUCAAAAAUAUUUUCCGUAAAUUUCCUCUAGUUUCACCAGGCAACCGCGGCAGUUUCUCAGCGACGACUUCUCACAAACAACGAUACACUUUGAGCAAAACACUCCCGAACACGUCUCGCAACGGGCAUCGAAGCGACAGUCGAAGCAAUACCGAUCCCCGCAGCCCUUGCAUGUCCCCAGCGACGGCGCGGAAGAGUACAGGUCGCAGGGAGUGCACAGGCGGCCCCCACAGUCGGCGCAGGACGCCUCGCGUUCCAGGCUGCAGUCCGAGCAGUGGUAGAGGUUGCAGCUCGGACAAGCCGUCGUCCCGCCGCAGUCGUUGCACGAAAACCGGCCGCACGCCGCGCAUCGUUGCUUUUGCCUGGAACACACCAGGCAGGAGAGCUUGYGGCAGUUGCUGCACGGAGCCGCUCUGACGCAGUGGCUGCAGCAGACCACGUUCUUGCAUUUUUUGCAGCUGGUGUUCGGAGAGGACGGGCGUUGGUCUCUGCAUCCGUAGCAGAAGGAUUGAUCGCAAACCUCGCAGUGGUAGACCUCUGCGCAGUCCUUGCAAGAGCUACCUCCGCACACCGAACAGACCAAGUUGUUCUCCGUGCCGCAGCAUUCCAAACACUUGCGUUCCCCACAAAUAUUGCACAGUUGUUGCGGCACACAUUCGUUACAGAAGACGGCAUUGCCGCACCCGCAGUUCAUUGCACCACCAUCCCUACAGUGAUAACAAAAACAUUUCCCGCAA